AUAAAACACCCCCAGAAGCAGUUGAGUGCAAUGAGAGUAUAUUAAUAACUGCUGACUACCCUCAACAUCAGUUCAACUCAAGUGACCUGAGAUAUACAUUUUUAGACGGCCUAGAUGGAAUAGUACCGAUCCACGAAAGCCAGCUGUUUUCUUUUGGUGCCCAUGAUUUAACUGUUUCAUCAGAGGACUCAGCGGGAAACAUUGGAGUGUGUAUGAUAAGGGCUUAUGCUACAC